AUGAGUAUUUUAAUUUUAAGGAAUGAGAUUAUAUUAGAGGGUUUGGGUAUAAGGGGUAUCAGGAGCAAGAUUUCCCAAGAAACCUGGGGGACCACUCUUGUCCCUCCAGACAUGUCACUCGGUCGACUCACCAUCAACAUCAACGCCCACGAGUUCAGUACCGCCCGUCAUGGCUCACCGCUGGACCAAACCACUGAAGGAAUCCACCGUCUGGUAUCUAUCACCAGAAACAAGCUACAAUUGGACCUGUAUACAACAUACGUGACAACAGACAUGUAUGUCGCUUUGGCGGAGUGGUUAACGCGGUGCCCUGCUAAGGCAUUGUCCUUUGGACGCGCAGGUUCGAAUCCUGCAGGCGACGUUGUUUUUUAA